AUGAUAUAUAGAACUACUGAACAACUUGCUGAUAAUUUCCUGAUAACUUAUAAUUUUCUUGAAUUUUGUCAUACAAUUUUAUUAUUUACUUUUUAUGAGCUUCCGUUAUCAUUCGUACAAGGAUUACCUGGUUAUAAAAAUUUCGAUACAGUUCAAGAUGUCGAAUGCAAGUUGACAGGAUUGAAAUGUGGUUCCAAUAUGAAGUUCAUCACUGUCAAACAUUAUUAUCAAUAUCGUUUCAACUCAUCAAAGAAAUUAUCACCAAAAAAAGUCUGCAUUCAGAGAUGUACAUAUGUUAUUCCUCAAGAAACGAAAAAUACUGAAACGCAAUUAACAACAACUUUAUCGAUCAAAACUACAGGAUUCUUGACAUUCGCACAAGGAUUAUCUGGUUUUAAAAAUUUCGAUACAGUUCAAGAUGUCGAAUGCAAGUUGACAGGACUGGAAUGUGGCUCCGACAUGAAGUUCAUCACUGCCAGGCACUAUUUUCAAUAUCGUCUCAACUCUUCAAAGAAAUUAUCACCAAAAAAAGUCUGCAUUCAGAGAUGUACAUAUGUUAUUCCUCAAGAAACGAAAAAUACUGAAACGCAAUUAGUAAUAACUUUAUCGGACAAAACUACAAGAUUCAUUGUCCAUUCCUACAGAGGUCAUUCUUAUGGUGACAAAUGGUUUGAUUAUUCGUGCGAGCUUGUGGGAAAAAAAUGUGGCCAAACUAUGAUAUUCACAAAAAUCGAUCCAUAUCUUUCAUAUUUUGAUACUCUCCCAAGUUUUUUUUCUCCCAAUUUUUGUAUUGUACAGUGCAAAUACGAGCAAUUCUAUGAAGAAAAUGAUGAAUUAUAUAUCGGAGGUUUUCCUAUUUUGUAA